AUGAGUGGAAUUGCUCUCAAAUUAACGUCCCUUCUCGUAAGGACUGUUGCCAAGCCGAUAGCCACUGCUAUCAAGGGCCAAGCCAAGGAACAUGAAACGUUCCGAAACGGGUGUAUUCGAAUAGCUCAAACCAUUCAUCUGACCGAUCUUAGAUUGAGAAUGAAAUUAUUGGGUGAAGAAAAAAUUAAAAUCAGACCUCUUAAUGAUAAUAAAGCAAUAGACCAAGGAGCGACAUUUUUGUCGGAAUUUUUCAUCUUUAGUGUAGCAGGGGGCUUAAUAUUCUACGAAAGUUAUCGUUCAAGGAAGAAGGCGGCUAAUGAGAAAGAUGCCUUGGCGGACGACAUUUCCACGUUACAAGACGAAAUUGAGUAUAUCAAAUUGAAAAUGAAAGAAUAUAACUUGAAAGUAGACGACUAUAAGCCACCCGUUGGAAUGAACCCAAAGAUUAUAAAAUUCGAAAACCCACCCGUGAAUAGUGCACCUGAGACUAAUCUGGCUAAGAAACAGGAGAAAGUGCCUCCUUCUCAGCUAGAAUCUGCAUAA